AAUAUUGAUGCACAUGAAUCAUUUGCUUGAUUUAGGUAGCCUUUACAACCCGGAAGGAUAGUGGCAAACUGUACUAUUACGUACUGUAUUCUCUGUCAACAACAUGGCCGGAUGAUAAACAGAGUAGUAUACCGUUAUUGUCAAUGACAGGGCAAAUUUAACGGGUGCUCAUAUAUAUUUUCUAUAAGACUUUUUUGUUUGUUAUUUUUAUUCGCAACACGCAAGAAUGCUGUCUCUGGCUAAAGCUAAGCUAGCCGUGGUCGGGAUAGGACGCCAGUGUGUUGCAGUGAGGACACUCAAUGGAGCUCGAGCAGUGCACAGAAGCUUCUCGUCCUCUGAGCACGACCAGGAUUCCAGCACUUCUGAAAACGAGCUCUUUGACAUUAUAAUAUCUGGCGGGGGAAUGGUGGGCACAGCUAUGGCAUGCUCAUUAGGUCUAGAUCCCAAUUUAACAGGUAAGAAGAUUCUCCUCCUGGAAGCUGGUCAUGAAAAAAAGAUGGACAAAAUCCCGGAGACUUACAGCACAAGGGUCAGCUCCAUCAGCCCCGGCUCAGCAACUCUUCUGAGUGGUCUUGGUGCUUGGGACCAUAUUGUAAAUAUGAGAUGCAAGCCCUAUAAUAAAAUGCAGGUUUGGGAUGCUUGUUCGGAUGCCCUGAUUACAUUUGAUAAGGAGAAUCUGCAGGACGAGAUGGCAUACAUCGUUGAGAACGACGUCAUUGUGGCCGCCCUCACCAAACAGCUGCAGACUCUCUCUGAUCAUGUUAAAGUGCAGUACCGAACAAAAGUGGUGAAAUACACCUGGCCCCAUCCCUACCAUGUCUCCGAGUCCAUUCCCUGGGUUCAGGUGGCUCUAGCUAAUGGAAAGACUCUCCACACCAAGUUAUUGAUUGGUGCUGAUGGACCAAACUCUAUGGUGCGGAGAGAGGCAGGCAUCCCCACAGUCAAAUGGAAUUACGAUCAGUCAGCAGUCGUAGCUGUUCUACAUUUGUCUGAGCCCACAGAAAAUAACGUGGCUUGGCAGCGGUUCCUCCCAACUGGACCCAUUGCGAUGCUUCCCUUGUCAGACACGGAGAGCUCACUGGUCUGGUCCACCAGUCAUCAACAUGCGGAAGAACUUCUACAGAUGGACGAGGAGAGCUUUGUGGAUGCCAUUAACUCUGCAUUUUGGAGUAAUGAGAACCAUUCUGAGCUGGUGGAGACUGCAGGCUCUCUGUUUCGAAUGGCUCUGUCUGUCCUGAUGCCUGACAGUGGCUCGGCACGUCAGCUUCCACCAAGUGUUUCGGGUAUUGGUCCAAAGAGCCGGGUGAUGUUCCCAUUAGGCAUGGGUCAUGCCACAGAAUACAUCAGGCACAGAGUCGCCCUUAUAGGAGAUGCUGCACACAGAGUACAUCCUUUAGCAGGCCAAGGUGCCAAUCUAGGCUUUGGUGAUGUGUCCUAUCUAACACAAGUUCUUAGUCAAGCAGCAUAUAAUGGAAAAGACAUAGGAGCCAUGCAGCACCUGUUGGAGUUUGAAACUGAACGUCAGCGACACAAUCUUCCCAUGAUGACUGCCAUUGACCUCAUGAAGAGGCUGUACUCCUCUAACACAGCCCCAAUGGUUUUACUGAGAACUUUUGGCCUCCAGGCUACCAAUGCAGUGCCUCCACUUAAAGAGCAGAUCAUGGCCUUUGCCAGCAAGUAAAAACUGGGUAGUUGCUGGAUCUCUAAUGCUUUGUUCAAAGAUUGUAUAAGUGUAAAUUAAUAAAUUAUAUUUUAUUCCUUUGUCUACGA